CAGAAAUGAACAGGGGUCCGUGCAGAUACACCUCACGGCGACAAAAGCUGGAGAAGAACCGCAGAAAAAUUGCGGCAAUAUCAUUCCUCAGUAAUAUCCAGGUAGAAGGAGAGACUGACCUACCCGGCUACAGAUGUCUCGAGGGUACAGAGGUAUUAAAGACCUACCAGGAGAACUCUUACCGAAGGAAACUCUUCAGAAAGAAAGGGAACUUUAACAUAGAACUCUCACCAGAGGUUACAAAGAGGUCAAACAUAAAGAUGACGCCUCUGGGAUCAUGUUUAACAGUUGAGAGAGAAAAGAAAUCCUCUGUCCCACAAAUGUAUAAACAGUCAUACAAACCAUCACAGUCGCCAGGAGAAAAACCAACCAGGCGUCGUCUAAACUACAUGUCACAGUGGAGCGAGGAUGGAGUAAUAGAAGCUAAAACUUUCAGGGAGAAGAAAGGUAAUAGUACAGAGAGUUUGCUGCAGCAGUCUUUACCUCUCUACGAUAUUGUCGCUAGUGUUCACAACAAGGUUCGAAAGCUUUCGGAAACUCUAUCUAACAACAGCCAGUCCUCUAGUAUUAAG